AUUCAUUUGCCUGAGGCUCCGGAGGAAAAAAAACAACAUCAAAUAGAGCAGUAAACAUCUGUAGCAGAGUUGUUUGUAGUAAAUAUGGUGCUACUGGAACUAGUGAAGUUGACUAGGCGAAUGCACGAAAUAAACACUGUAUAACUUGCUGAGUGAUCAUUAGGAUAUUAAAAUGGAUAACAGCGAAAUUAUAUGCGUUGAAGUUCAAGAAAAUGAAAACGGUGAAAUAAUUUAUGUUGAGAAGAUUGAAAAUGACGACUACGUUGUUAUGGACGAUGAUUUCUGUGUAGUGGAAUGUGAAAUUGCAACUUCUGGUGAGAACACAAAUUGUUUGGAUGGUAAUGACAAUUCUGAAGCAUGCAACCCCAACGAACCCGUUGAAAUAAUAUUCUUGCGUAACUUUGAUGAAGAUGGGGAUGGAGAUCCAAUUAUAUUAAAGCAGGAAAUUGGGGAAAAUGAUAGCGAAAUAAGUGAUGAAAAUUCAGAAGAUAGUAUUGCUGCUGAUAAUACCAUAAAAACAUAUGUUAAGAAGCAUCAAAGCUUAGUUAAAUUGGAGCCAGUAACAAGCAAUAAGUACAUGAAAUUUCAUACUCCAGCAAGGUGUCAUUCUCCAGCCAAAACAAUAGCAAAAACACAGAAACUUAAUGCCCUACUUCAAGUUGCUAGUGGUAAAGUAAGUCAGAUGUCUAAGGCACAAGUAUCAUCUUCACAGGAAAUUAAGUCAACAGACAAGCGGCUGAUGUCCAAUCCCAACAUACAUAUACGGCGGUUAAAUGCUUUCAGCCAACAGCGGCCAAAGCUCUGGUCCCAUCGGGUUGACAGAAGGAAUUUUCGUAAGGACGGCCUACUUAACAACAUAACAAACAUUACAUCUCACCAGACAAAAGACAGUUUAUCAAAACAAAGUAAUAUCAAGCAGGAAGACUUUAAUAAUAUGCCAAAAUGUAACGUUAAUUCUCAAGAUCUCCAGGCUGCAGUCAGAAGAAAAGUGAAGGAACUACCAUAUCAGUGUGAAAUGUGUGAUAAAUCCUUCAGGCAAGCAAGCAGUUUAGUGAUACAUCUUAAAGUGCAUGCAGGGAAGUAUUCAGACAAUUGUGUUAUAAGUUGAAAAGCUAGUUCAGAUGAGAUGUACAUAAAGUCAGUGGUAUUAAAAAUGCCUAAUGUCUAUAUGAA